GGCGCUUUGGCGCGAGAGCGUGAAGUUGAGGUUUGGUUUGGGAGGGACCUACGACCCGCGCUUUUACCGGUCCCCCCACCUUCAUUAUGGAGCCGAGCGAGCGUUCGCAUAACGACGAUUACCAUGGAGAAACAACAAAUACUGCAAAUCUUGCAUCUUCACGUUUACGUCGUGAGAAAAAAUCUAAAAAAGGAAGGCAAGAAGCUCUGGAGCAGCUGAGGAAGGCAAAAGCUGGUGAGAAUAAAUACGAGGUUGAGGAAUUUACAGGUAUUUAUGAUGAAAUUGACGAAGAACAAUAUUCUAAGAUUGUCAGAGAACGCCAGGAUGAUGACUGGAUUGUGGAUGAUGAUGGGGUUGGUUAUGUAGAAGAUGGCAGGGAAAUUUUUGAUGAAGACUUAGAAGACAUGCUCUUAAUUCUGACGAGAAACGAAGAAAAGAUACAGCUUUCCACAUAUGACAAAAACAAAUUGAAAAAGACACUGGUAUCAAAGCCAAACACUAUUAAAUCCAUGUUCAUAGCUAACACUGUCAAGAAAAAUGCCGACAGAAGCAUUGAUCUCUCUAAAGAUGAUUUGCUAAGUGACAUUUUGCAAGAUCUGAAUGCUAAGCCUGUUCAUAUAGUACCACCAGUUCCAGUGCUUAAAAGGAGAAUUCUUGGAACGACAUUAAAUCCUUUUUCUGUGCAAUCCGAAGAUUCCAAGGCAAAGAAUAGAAUUAUUUUUGAUGAUGGGGAUUUUGAUGAAUCUAUGCCAGGAACUGGAAUUGUGUCAGAAGAGGUCACAUUCCUCAAGGAAGAGAUGAAAUUGGAAGAGAAACAAAUGCCAUGUUCUUCCCUCCAUGAUAAAUCCUGCUGGGAUAGAAUUGAUGAACAUGAAGUUGAGUUUGUAUCUUCAGAAAUUCAGAUGGAUUCCAGUCAGUUCCCACUUAUAGAGGGGGAAGAAGGGCAAAAGAUUUUCAAGUUCUACUGGCUGGAUGCUUAUGAAGAUCAGUAUAACCAACCAGGAGUGGUAUUUCUCUUUGGGAAAGUAUGGAUUGAAUCGGCACAGUCCUAUGUGAGCUGUUGUGUAACAGUAAAAAAUAUAGAAAGAACUAUUUAUCUACUGCCGCGUGAAUCGCGAAUUGAGUUAAUUUCUGAAAAAGAAACAGCGAUUCCUGUGACUAUGAUGGACAUCUAUCAAGAAUUUAAUGACCAGAUUGCAGAGAAAUAUAAGAUUAUGAAAUUCAAAUCCAAGAAAGUGGAAAAGAAUUAUGCUUUUGAGAUACCAGAUGUUCCUGCAAAAUCUGACUACUUAGAAGUUAGGUAUUCGGCUGACUAUUGUCGACUACCACAAGAUCUGAAAGGAGAGACAUUUUCUCAUGUAUUUGGAACAAACACCUCAAGUCUAGAGCUUCUGUUAAUUACAAGGAAGAUUAAAGGACCAAGUUGGCUGGAAAUAAAAAAUCCACAACUAUUGAGUCAGCCUGUCAGUUGGUGUAAAGUGGAAUUAAUGGCACUAAAACCUGAUUUAAUUAAUGUGGUGAAGGAUCUUCCUCCUCCACCUCUUGUGAUCAUGUCCCUUGCCAUGAAAACAAUUCAGAACAUGAAAACCCAUCAUAAUGAGAUUAUGGCUGUUACAUCUUUAGUGCAUCACAAAUUUUGUCUGGACAAAGCACCACCUGAGCCUCCCUUUCAGACCCACUUCUGUGUUGUUUCUAAACCAAAUGAUUGCAUUUUCCCAUAUGAUUUCAAGGAAAUCGCUAAACAAAAGAAUGGUAAAAUAGAAAUUGCCACAACAGAAAGAACACUACUGGGUUUUCUUCUGGCAAAGAUUCAUAAAAUUGAUCCAGAUGUUAUUGUGGGUCAUAAUAUUUAUGGUUUUGAUCUGGAGCUUCUCCUCCAGAGAAUUAACUUCUGCAAAGUUCCUCAUUGGUCCAAGAUAGGUCGACUAAGGAGAUCAAACAUGCCAAAACUUGGGGGUCGUAGUGGAUUUGCUGAGAAGAAUGCAACUUGUGGUCGAAUGGUUUGUGAUGUAAAAAUUUCAGCAAAAGAGUUGAUUCAUUGUAAAAGUUACCAUUUAUCUGAACUUGUCAGUCAGAUUUUAAAAACAGAAAGAGUAACAAUUCCAGCUGAAGAGAUACGAAAUAUGUACAGUGAUACUCAUCAUUUACUUUACAUGCUAGAAAACACAUGGAUUGAUUCUAAGUACAUUUUACAAAUUAUGUGUGAACUGAAUGUUCUUCCACUAGCCUUACAAAUUACAAAUAUUGCUGGCAAUGUUAUGUCCAGGACGCUGAUGGGUGGACGAGCUGAGCGCAAUGAAUACUUGCUUCUUCAUGCAUUUUAUGAAAAAGAUUAUAUUGUGCCUGAUAAACAACUGUUCAAAAAGCAGAAGCAUUUGGAAGAAGAUGAAGAUUUGGAAAAUGAUCAGAAUAAAUCAAAGUUAGGACGAAAAAAGGCAGCAUAUUCUGGAGGUUUAGUUUUGGAACCAAAAGUUGGUUUAUAUGACAAAUUCAUUUUGCUUCUUGACUUCAAUAGUUUAUAUCCUUCAAUUAUCCAAGAGUUUAACAUCUGUUUUACAACAGUUCACAGAAUGUCUUUCAGUGUGCACAAGAAGACAGAGGAUGGUGAACAAGAAGAAAUACCUGAAUUACCUGAUUCAUCUCUAGAAAUGGGAAUCUUGCCUAAAGAAAUUAAGAAGCUUGUUGAGCGAAGGCAUCAAGUGAAACAGCUGAUGAAACAACCAGACUUGCAUCUUGACCUUUACUUACAGUAUGAUAUCAGGCAGAAGGCUCUGAAGCUUACAGCUAAUAGUAUGUAUGGAUGUCUGGGAUUUUCCUACAGUAGAUUUUAUGCAAAACCGCUUGCUGCUUUGGUGACUUUCAAAGGCAGAGAGAUUUUAAUGCAUACUAAGGAGAUGGUACAAAAGAUGAAUCUGGAAGUGAUUUAUGGUGAUACAGAUUCCAUCAUGAUAAAUACAAACCUUACCAAACUGGAAGAAGUAUUUAAACUGGGAAACAAGAUUAAAAGUGAAGUAAAUAAACUGUACAAGUUACUGGAGAUAGAUAUUGAUGGAAUUUUUAAGACCCUUUUGCUCUUAAAAAAGAAGAAAUAUGCUGCUUUGGUUGUGGAACUAGCAGGAGAUGGAAAAUACAUUACCAAGCAAGAACUUAAAGGAUUGGACAUAGUGAGAAGAGAUUGGUGUGAUCUUGCAAAAGAGACUGGAAACUAUAUAAUUGGCCAGAUCCUUUCUGACCAAUCUCGAGAUGUAAUUGUAGAAAACAUCCAAAGAAGGUUAAUAGAAAUUGGAGAGAAUGUCAUAAAUAAUCUUAUUCCAAUAAAACAUUAUGAAAUUAAUAAGGCAUUGACAAAAGAUCCCCAAGAUUACCCGGACAAGAAAAGCUUGCCUCAUGUGCAUGUUGCUUUGUGGAUGAAUUCUCAGGAAGGCAGAAAGCUGAAAGCUGGGGACACAGUGUCAUAUGUUAUCUGUCAGGAUGGAUCAAAUCUGAGUGCCAGCCAGAGAGCAUAUGCUCCUGAACAACUGAAGAAACAAGCAAAUCUUACUAUUGAUGUUCAGUAUUACUUGUCUCAACAAAUCCAUCCAGUAGUAGCUCGUAUCUGUGAACCUAUAGAUGGAAUUGAUUCUGUUCUUAUUGCAGCAUGGCUUGGAAUGGAUCCCUCACAGUUCAAAGUCCAUCAACAUUACCAUAAAGAUGAAAAAUACGAUUUGUUUGGUGGCCCAGUUCAGCAAACUGAUGAAGAAAAAUAUAAAGAUUGCAAGAGAUUCAAGUUUGCUUGUCCAAAAUGUGGGACAGAAAAUAUUUAUGAUAAUGUAUUUCGGUACUCGGGUGGAAAGUUUAAAGCCAAUAUGCUAUGCUGUAAUCCAGAAGGAUGUGAUGAAAAUCUUUUAAAUUAUUUUAUGCAGAUUAGCAACAAGUUAAUCUUGGAUAUAAGAGGCUUCAUAAAAAAAUAUUACUCUAGUUGGCUGAGAUGUGAAGAACAGACAUGCCAGUAUCGUACCCAUCGACUUCCUCUCCAUUUUUCCCGGAAUGGACCUCUAUGUCCAGUCUGUAAGAAAGCUAUUGUUAAACGAGAGUACUCUGACAAGGCCUUAUUCACCCAGCUAUGCUUUUACCGUUACAUUUUUGAUGUGGACUAUGCAAAAGAAAUAUAUACUGGUCCAGGGAAAGAUGAAUUGAAGAAGAUGUUGGAAGCCUACAAGGAGGGAUACAAAAGGCUGAAGAACAUAGUAGACAAAUGGUUGUCUAUGAGUAGCUAUUCCGAAGUAAACCUCGGCAAACUCUUUCAGACAUUCAGUGUAGUAAAAUCUGGGGGCGAGUUCAGUACUUAAAAAUGUUGUUUGUGACCUCCGUUUAUAGACAGUAAUUAAUCUUCCUCUUUUUUUCCUCUUAUUUUCUGUUUUCUGAGGCUUUCUAGUAUGGCUGUAGAUUAAGAAAACUACUUUAAAAUCUAAGUUUCUUCGGUACUAAAAUAUGUAAAAGAAAAGCAGAUUAAAAGUU